CCCGCCCCCGCCGCCGGCAUGGACUGCUGCACCGAAAGCGCUUGCUCCAAGCCGGACGACGACAUCCUGGACAUCCCCCUGGACGACCCCGGGGCCAAUGCAGCCGCCGCCAAAAUCCAGGCGAGUUUCCGGGGCCACAUGGCGCGGAAGAAGAUCAAGAGCGGCGAGCGCGGGCGGCAGGGCCCGGGCCCACGGGGGGCGGGCGGAGCGGGGGGCGGCUCCGGGGGCGCGGGCGGAGGCCCCAGCGGAGACUAAGCCAGAUGAAUGAGCCUUUUCUAAGUUCCCGAGGAGAGAGACGGAGGCCUCGUCCCCCCGCCCCCCGCAGUGACAAGACCAUCCUGCCGUGUUUGUGACCCCCCUCGCCCUCCCCUCGGCCCCCACGCGCUUCUGGAAACCCCCGGAGCCGCUCCCCGCGGGCGGACCCUGCUCAAGACGCUCCGUCUGACCCCGGCUGGGCUCUGGACCGGAUUUGGGGUUGGCUUCCCUUUCCCCCCCCCCACCCCUUGACAGCUUCUGCGCCCCUCCCCAUCCCACCGCAGCCCGCAUGCAGUCACAGCACUGAUUCUCAGCUGAGCGCCCCCCACCCCUCCGAUUCCCUCGCCCUCCACCCCCGGGACCUCGGACCCAAAUCCGGGCUGACCUGAGAGAGCCCCUCUUGGAGGCGUCUGCAGGACGAGGGGGCCGCCCCUUCCCCCCCAACCUGCAUGAACUGCCCUUAACGCUGCAUGACCUUUGCCCUUCCCCUCUAAACUCCAGGACUUUGGUUCUGCCCCUUCCACUUGGCAAUCUCUCCAGGGGCUGUGCAAGGCACCUUCCCCACCGCCUUCUCCCCUCCCCAGUAUAGGCGGGAGAGGAAGGUUCCUCGACCCCCUUCUCCCACGCCAUCUCUAUAAGGGGCAGGGGCGCUCGGCCAGUCCCGUCUUCCUCUUCCCCCCUUCCCACCUCAAGCCCUGUCCUGGGGUUCCAGGAGGCCGGGAUCCCUUCUCAGCUCCCGCCUGGCUCCAUGUUCUUCCCGGGAGCUGCCCCUCUGCUCCUCUCUUCUGUUAUGCAAACUCCUGGGCAGGACGUGGGUGAGAAGAAGUGGAGGGUGGUGGGAGU